GAAAGUGCUGGAAGAAAGGCAUGUGCGGGCAGGUACAAAUUCAUACCGAGUCAAAAUUGACGCGUGUCGUCAUCAAUUCGACUCGACUUCGCUCCACCUCAGCUACGAGAUCGAAGCUAUCACAGACAGCCGUUUUUUACAUUAGUGCUCUUUACAUGCUGCUGACCUUUACAGUCCUGCUCGCAUUGUCUCCAGCAAUAGUGCCAUGCCGGACUACUAUGCCACGUACUGACGCUGAAAUACUUCAUCCCAUCGACGCAACGACGCGACAAUCGUGAACAUGGACAGCCACGCAGGUGGCUUCAUGCUAUCACCACCAGCGUCGUCCACGGUCUCCUCCAACAUCAACACCCGUCUUCCACAUCCUAGAGGCUCCCCUCUCCGGCCCGGCGGCUCAAAAGAGAGCGCCUUCAUUCGCUAUGUCGACCAACAAAUGCUUCACAUUCAGCGACGAUUCGCGAAACGCACGUCCCCUCAGACCAACCAGCUCUCCGACAUUGAUCGCGACAAAGCAGAUUCAUGGGGAGACGUCAAAGGCUACGCGUCCAUGAAAGAGGCUUGCAAAGCAGUAGAAGAGUUAUUGAAUGUCAUUUGGAUCAGUGGGACACCAAGUCUGCAGGUACCGUAUUUGAUCAGCUUGGCUUUGAUGAUGGGGAACAUCAUACAGGCGAUGCCACCUACGCCGAAAAGCUUGUUUAGGACACUGGGGAAGUUGGACCAUGCAUUUGCAAGUCUGUUGCAAGGGAGAGAUGUUGAUACUGGCGAACGGCUGCCGGGAUUUGUUGGAGAGAGGGGCGUGAGCGGGACGGAGAAGGUAAGGGUUAGGAGUCUAGUGGAGAGGACGAGAGUUCACGUCGUGGAGGCUUUCAAACAAGGCGAGUUUGAGUACGAUGAGCCUGAAGAGGAGGAAGAAAGGGAGGCUGAUCGCAUGGACACGGAUACUGAUGGCGAAUUGGUGUUGGAGAAUGCUGAGAAUGAUGGCCUCGACGAUGAGGAGGACAACGAUUUCAACUUGCAGAUUGCGAGGGUUUACGAUGCUACGAUGGUAGAGUUGGGAGACAGCCUCGAGCAGCCCUCCAUUGGCCUCAUCACCGAGAGCAGAGGAUGAAAUGGCGAGCUGGACGAGAGGUCCUUCGCAAUUUUGCGGCAACGACCCAAUCAAUUCCUUCUUAGAUGACGGGAACCGAACACUCAUGGCGUACUUCGCACGGAGCUGUUGACUCUCAGACGGCAUGAAUGUGAGGUGAAGCUGAAAAUGGCACGGCCUUCGAGAUGUGAUCUCCUCGACAACUGAACAAAUGGGCCGCAGACUGAUUCUUCAUUCACGCUCGGCAUCGAAAGACGCGUGGACAGUUCGCGGAGGUGGUGUCGUCGUGAAGCACGCUAGUCAAACGGCUGCAGGCAAACAGAGAAGGUGCGCGAUGGCUCCUGACGAAACCACGAGCGCUUAACUUGACGGGACUCACUCGGCCUGAUCACUUGCUCGAUCAGAUCUUCUGUCGGCGC